GUACCGGAAACUCCAAUCUUGGGGGGCUUAGCACGUUGGACAUGAAAUUGUGCUUGGAAGCGUUCAGGAAGAUCCCUCUUCUCUUUACUGCCCUUUUCCAACGCAGUCUUCUGGGCUAUAAUGCGUGCGUGACAAUGGAUACAUGACCUGGGCGGCACGAGGGACACGAGCGAGAAAUACCUGCGGAGUCAGCGUGUCCUAUCGCGAGUGCAAUCGAGAGGACAACAAAGUGAGGCAUUUAUGCAGUCUGCCCGUACCACCAAAACUGCCAAUGCAACUCCACAAGGGCAUCUCCACGUAGCUCUAGUGGUGAACUCUCUACAGCACGAGUGGAUGUUGCUCAUAUCGGCGCGAAGAGCGCAUGCACUUGUCCUUUUAGAAAGCAAGAGCUUGUCAGCAGGUCGAAGAAUUUUGAGUUUUCGGCAUCCGCGUUUCUGCAGAAGCAUAACUAACACUUCUUGCCACGGCGAUUAUGCCCGUAGCAAAACUGUUCCCAAAGCUGAAUUUUUGUUCCAUCCUUUUCGCCUGCACCGCCGUUGCCGCCCGAGCGGUCACUAGCGGCCUGGCAUAAAAUUCGGGGACUGAUUUCUCCAAGUCACGUGUAAACAGGGGAGUUGGCGUGACUUCCCACAUUUCAUCCCUUUCGUUUUGUGAAUUCCAACAUCCACCUAAAGAUGUUGCGGACAUCUUUACUACUCCGCUUCGCCGGAGCGCCGAUCGUCAGCUCUACGCGGGGAGCGUUGCUGUCUGUGUCACGCCCUUCUCGAGGACCGACGACUCCAUUUUCAUCAACUCCAGCACCUUAUUCUGCCAUUUCUCGUGCGUCGACAGUUUCCUCUUCGCAAACAGGAACGGCUGGAAGCGAGUCGAUCUCAGACAAGAUCUAUCGCUGGUUAGACAUCACCGGAUUCCUCACACGGUGGAACAACAGGAAGGAGUGGCUACUGGACUUGCCGCCGUUUAGCCGACAGGGCACUCCACUGGUCACCGAAUUUGAAAGGAAACAGGAGAUGUUCGUCAGCUUGAACGCAUUCGUAAUCUCAAUUUUCGCGUUGUACCUCGGUGUGAAAGGGAUGAGCCAUCUGAGCUACAAGGGCCCGACACCGUCGUACGAAGGGUUCCCCGGGGUGGAUGGCCGGAAAAAGGAUUUCACGAUGAUGAGUCGUCUGUGGUUCAUUGAACCCAAAGAACGUUGCAAGGAGUGCAGAUGGCUUGAUCUGGAGUGCAAGAAGGAGUGCUUUGCGAGCUUGAAGGCAGAAGGCCAUACCCUGAAAGUCAACGGAGGAAAUCCCCUCUCUGUUCCUAGAGGCAAACUGGAGCCACCUCACUUUCACUGAAGACAACUCAAACAAUGACUGUUUGUGUUGCGUGCUAUGGUAUGCGAUCCUUGUGUCUGGCUUGUGUGUGACUUCGUGUUGUUACCACUGACUUCCUGUGGUUUAUGCACGAAUCAUAUGUCGGAGGGUGAAUCCUUUUUCCUUGCAGACACACGCGAGUUGCGAAGAAACACGGCUGUGCGUAUCAACUUUCAGAAGAAGUGCACUUAUCUCUUCGAAGGAACGCCCUGCCGUGAAAAGACUGGUCCCUGGGCGUCCAGGAAAGAUCUGUGCAAAACUCACAAAAGAACUGUGAUUGCGCCAAGACACGAGGUUGCCUUUGAAUCGACUUAGACGUU